AUGUUGCGCCACAGUAUUGACGAGAGCUCGCUGCCGCGUCGCAGCCUGCUAGCUGUCAUGCCACCGGCUAAGGAAGGCAAUGAGGACAAGGACUUGCUGUCACCCAGCUCAAUCAACCCGCUGGCACAGACAGACACGUCUUCCAUUGAUCUGGAGGCCGAACGCAUCGAUCGACAGAAGAAGAAAAUCGAAGACGACGAUGACAAACGCGACACCGAGUCGGAGACCUCCUCCAGCUCCAACAGCGUGACCGACGGUCUCACGACCGACAUUGACACGGAGAUCGCUCUUGGUGUCAUGAAGGAGGCCGACCGUCGCAUGACUACGCGCACUUCCGUCGCCACUGACAUCUCCUCGCUUGAUGUGCAGUUGCUGCAUGAUAUUGCCGAAAACAUGAUCGGACGUAACAUCCCAUUCGUGACGCCGUUUGGCACCAAGGCCCAGUGUUACGCCGACUACACAGCCAGUGGCAAGGCCAUCGAGAGCAUCGAGACUUUUAUCCGCAACGAGGUGAUGCCUACGUACGGCAACACGCACACCACCACGUCGGUCACGGGUCUCCAGACCACCUCGUUCCGUGAAGAGGCUCGCCAGAUUAUUGGUAAGGCUGUAAACGCUCGUCUCCAUGGCACCGGGGCUCGUGACAUCGUCGUGUUCACUGGUCAAGGUUGCACUAGUGCAAUUAACAAAUUCAUUACUGCUCUUGGUCUUAAAACGAUGCGACGCCAUCAUCGUCCGAACAAGCGCCCGGUCGUCUUCACAUGCCCCUUCUCGCACCACUCCAAUUUGUUGCCGUGGCGUGAGCUGUACGCGGUUGACGUGGUUGAGAUUCCCGAGGCCAAGAGCGGCGGCCUCGACUUGAAGGAGCUGGAGCGUCAACUUCAAAGCUUCAAGAACCGUGACCUCAAGAUCGACCCCGCCGCAUACAAGGACGCAGUGUUCUUCUCUGGUCACAAGUUCGUGGGUGGACCUGGCUCCCCGGGUGUCUUGGUAGUGAAGAAAAACUUGAUGAGCAACGAGGUGCCCACCAUGCCUGGUGGCGGCACCGUGCUGUUCGUUACUGAAAAAGCCCACAGCUACCUUGCUAACAAGGUAGAACGCGAGGAGGGCGGUACCCCUGACAUUGUGGGAAGUAUCCGUCUUGGCCUUGCUUUCGAGCUCAAGCAACGUGUCGGUCCCAAGAACAUCAUGGACCUGGAACGCCAGCACGUACAUCACGUCCGUGAGGUGCUCGGCAAGAACGAGAACAUCAUUCUGCUCGGCCACGACAAUGUGGACCAGCUGCCGGUCUUCUCGUUCCUCGUUCGCUUCGGCGACCGCUUCCUGCACCACAACUUUGUGUGCGCUCUACUGAACGACCUGUUCGGUAUCCAAGCCCGCGGUGGCUGUCAGUGUGCCGGGCCGUUCGGUGCUCGUUUGCUUGGUCUCAGCCGUGAGCAUAUCACUGAUCUGGGCUACGCUGUUGUGGCCAAGGACGAGGUGCUGAAGCCAGGUGUCGCCCGGAUGAGCUUCCCGUACUUUGCCGACGAAGAGGAGGUCGAGUACAUUCUCGACGCCGUAAAGUUCGUUGCCGAUCACGGCUGGAAAUUCCUGCCCAAGUACGAGUAUGACCCUCACAACGGAGCGUGGCGUCACGUUUCGCGUGCCACCGCCCCCUUUCCGGCUAAGAAAUUUUUAGCCAGCAUGCAGCUCGACGAUCUGGACACCGUGCGCCAGUCUGUGUGUACGGCGCCUAUUUGCAGCAUUGCUGAUCACCGCCGUGAGAACUUGGAACAGGCUGUGGCUCUGGCGGACGCCUGCAUUGAGGAGGCCGUGUCACUCGAGGAGUUCCCUGAGGGCCAAAGGCUGGUCCCUGCCCACGAGUGGCUUCGCUGGUUCGUGUACCCGCACGAGGCCGUGGCCACGUUCAAGGAAACGGGCAAGAAGAUGGCGCUUACGGAAAGUAUCGAGGGCCCGUGCCAACCACAGCGUUACCUGGACGGCUCGGUCCACAAUAUAUGGGAGGGCGUGCCGUCCUUAGGAACGAUGAAGAGGAGUCUGAUGGGACGCUUUGUGCUCAAGAUGUUCAUGCAGACCGAGUUGGAAGCCAUGAAGGACAAGAGGACAGACGCGGAGAAGAGCGUGUUGAACGAUGAGGAAGUGAUGUGUGCCGUUUUCGGCGGCUCACAGAAGUGUCAGUAA